AAUGGAAACUUACUACUAUGUUAUGAGGCGAGGGAGACGGCUGUGAGGGAGAGGGGAGAGCGAGGCUGAGGGUUCACCCGUCCAUCCUUCUGCAUCCGCUGGCCUUGCGUGUCGCUGCGGGAAGAAGUCGGUCUCCAUUCGCGGAGGAAGGUGAGGCCUUUUCGGCAGAACUAUCAUGACGACUGAAAAGAACUUAGCAGCAGAGGCUGAAACUCCUAAGCAGCAGCCAUCAAAAGAAGAGGAGGUCGCUGCCAAGAGUGGAACACAGGAAGCUUCCUUGGAGAAAGCACCUGAGAGUGAGAAUCCAUCAAAAAAGAAGUCUAAAGCAUCUGAUAGUGGCACUCCCACCCGAGAAGACCAAAGCAAAAACAAAGAGCGCACUUCUGAAAGCCGAGGUCUGUCCCGGCUGUUUUCAUCAUUCCUCAAGAGGCCCAAGUCUCAGGUCUCCGAGGAAGAAAACAACGAGACGGAAGCAAAGGAACAUGGUGAAGGAGACCAGAAAGAGACAGAUCUUGAUGUUGAUCUCAAUGAAGAGAUUCUACUGAAAGCCCCAAUUGCAGCUCCUGAGCCAGAGCUCAGAACUGACCCAUCUUUAGAUCUUCACUCACUUAGCAGUGCAGAAACACAGCCAGCUCAGGAAGACAGGAGAGAAGAUCAAGAUCCAGAGAAUAGAGAUUUUGAAACUAAGGAGGACGACGAACAGGUGAAGUGCUCCAAUACAGAAGAAAAAAAAGGCAACACCAGGGUGAAAGCUGACAAAGGAGUCAAAGGUGUGCAGAAAACAACAAGAAGACCCAGAAACAGCAUGCAUUGCAAAAUUACUUUAUUGGAUGACACACUUUUUGAGUGUUCUUUGGAUAAACAUGCCAAAGGGCAGGAUCUCCUUAAGAAAGUAUGUGAUCACCUCAAUCUUUUGGAAGAAGACUACUUUGGACUGGCCAUAUGGGAUACUCCAACCUCCAAGAUAUGGAUGGAUGCUGCCAAAGAGAUUAAAAGACAGGUUCACGGAGGCCCCUGGGAUUUCACCUUUAAUGUCAAGUUUUAUCCUCCAGAUCCAGCUCAGCUGACAGAGGAUAUAACAAGAUAUUAUUUGUGUCUGCAACUAAGAAAAGACAUAAUCAGCGGUCGACUUCCUUGCUCUUUUGCUACAUUAGCUUUGCUGGGUUCUUACACCAUCCAGUCUGAGCUAGGAGACUAUGACUCAGAUCUACAUAGUGCAGAUUAUGUCACUGAAUUCAAGCUGGCCCCAAACCAGACAAAGGAACUGGAAGACAAGGUUAUGGAGCUACAUAAAACAUACAGAUCUAUGACUCCAGCUCAAGCUGAUCUUGAGUUUCUUGAGAAUGCCAAAAAGCUAUCUAUGUAUGGAGUUGAUCUUCAUCAAGCCAAGGACCUCGAAAGUGUGGAUAUCACUUUGGGAGUCUGUUCCAGUGGCCUCCUUGUCUAUAAAGAUAAAUUGCGAAUCAACCGUUUUCCUUGGCCUAAAGUAUUGAAGAUUUCUUACAAGCGCAGCAGCUUUUUUAUCAAGAUCCGGCCUGGUGAGCAUGAACAAUAUGAAAGUACAAUUGGAUUCAAGCUUCCUAGUUAUCGGGCAGCUAAGAAACUGUGGAAGGUCUGUGUUGAGCAUCAUACAUUUUUCAGGUUAACCUCCACUGAAGCCAUUCCCAAGAGCAGGUUCCUGGUGCUGGGCUCUAAAUUCCGUUACAGCGGUCGGACACAAGCACAGACGAGACAAGCGAGUGCUCUGAUCGACAGACCUGCGCCUCAGUUUGAACGGACAGCAAGUAAGAGGGCCUCUAGAAGCCUUGAUGGUGCAGUAGCAGUGGUUACACCUGACCGAAGCCCACGCCCUACGUCUGCACCGGCUAUUGCUCAGAGUCACUUAGCUGAACCAACUUCACCUCCUGUACCUGAUAACAAGGAGUCAGCAAUUACUAAACCUGAGAAGGAAACCAUUAGAAAAGAAGCAAAAGUAGAAGAAACUCCAGCAGAGAAAUCAAAAACAGAGUUAACUGAAGGAGUCCAGCAGCGUGCAGAGAAAGAGGAAGAACCAAUAAGAAUGAGGAAGAAAAGAUCAAAGAGGCUAGAUGGUGAAAACAUUUAUAUAAGACAUAGCAAUUUAAUGUUGGAGGAUCUAGAUAAAACUCAAGAGGAGAUAAAGAAACAUCAUGCAAACAUCAGUGAGCUGAAAAAGAACUUUAUGGAAUCUGUUCCUGAGCCUCGGCCAAGUGAAUGGGACAAGCGCUUAUCCACUCAUUCUCCCUUCAGGACUCUUAACAUCAAUGGGCAGAUUCCUUCAGGAGUAGGAGGACCUCCGCUUGUGAAAACUCAGACUGUUACGAUCUCUGAUGUGUCCAACACUGUGAAAAGUGAAAUUCCAACUAAAGAAGUUCCUAUUGUCCAUACAGAGACCAAAACCAUCACUUAUGAAGCAGCACAGACUGAUGAUGGCAACAAGGAUAUAGACCCUGGUGUUCUGCUAACAGCUCAUACUAUAACUUCAGAGACUGCAAGCAGUACCACCACGACACAGAUUACAAAGACUGUGAAGGGUGGAAUUUCAGAAACACGAAUUGAAAAAAGAAUUGUCAUUACAGGAGAUGCUGACAUUGAUCAUGAUCAAGUUCUUGUACAGGCGAUCAAAGAAGCAAAGGAACAACACCCAGACAUGUCUGUGACCAAAGUGGUUGUCCACCAGGAGACUGAGAUCGCAGAGUAAAUAGCAAGGCCAGCUGUAUUUAUCAGAUGACAGCCAUUUUCCGGCUGCAAAGGCCACAAAGAUGAUAUACCAGCAAAACUGCAAGGGAAACUACCUUGGAGCACCGUCACCUCAAACUUGCCAGACUUCUUCCCAGUCAAACAUUUGAUCAUUGAUUACUAGGAACUUGUGCUUGUAGAUGUUUACUUUGGAUUCUUCUUACUACAGUAAAUCCUUUUUGAUUAUCA